AUGACAACAGACGACUUUCGUUCACCGUUGUAUAAGAAUGUUGAAAUCAACGGGAUUACCGUCCGUAUGAAAUGGUGCGUAACGUGUCAGUUCUAUCGACCACCCAGGUCGAGCCAUUGCUCCGUUUGCAAUCGAUGCAUUGAUACAUUCGAUCACCAUUGUCCAUGGGUUCAUAAUUGUGUGGGAAGGCGGAAUUACAGGUGA